AUGGUGCCUCACCUGACGACCACGACCACCACGACCGAGCGCCGGCGCUCCUACUCGAACAACUUUGCUGCUUCCACGCCGACCAGUUUCAAGUUCCCAGACUUCGAUGACCAGGCGAUUGAGAGUGAAGGCGAUGACACGAUCUCACGUGGACCGAGUCCGAAACCUCUGUACAAUGGGCUCCCACCUGGACUGCACUCGAGCGAGCGAUGGCCUGCGCGCAAGCAGAGGGAUCCGGCCAAUAGGACUUGGUCAUCUUGGGCGAAUGGGAGGCUAGGAGGCGGCAGGAAGUCGCGGCAGAAGAGCUUGAGUGAGGCGAUUAGGACAGUCAGAACGAGGAAGGCCAGCGUGAGCGACAGUGCGCGAGAAAUUGCGGAGUCGCUCAAAGCACCGGUGUCCUUGCGACUAGUGGUUCUCUGCGGAUUCUGGUAUGCGACAUCGAUCUUGACCAACACUUCGUCCAAGGCCAUCUUGACUGCUUUGCCGAAACCCGUCACCCUCACGAUCAUACAAUUCCUGCUGGUGUCAUUCUGGUGCCUAUUCCUGGCAUGGGUGGCGAAGCACAAUCGUUCCGUUCGCGACGCCCUGCCCGUCUUGAAGAAUGGCAUUCGCCGGCCUGAUAGAGAGCUGAUUAUGGCUACCCUACCUCUCACGGCUUUCCAGAUCGGCGGCCAUAUCCUUAACUCCGACGCCAUGUCAAGGAUACCUGUGUCACUGGUGCAUACGAUCAAGGGACUUUCGCCCCUGAUGACCGUGGUGGCAUAUCGAGUGUUCCUCGACAUCAGAUAUUCUGUGCCAACCUACCUUUCUCUGGUACCCCUCACGCUUGGAGUCAUCUUGGCCUGCUCAGCGAACAUCGGAGGCGACUUCAUCGGCCUGACAUAUGCCUUUGGCAGCGCUGUACUUUUUGUCACGCAAAAUAUCGUCUCGAAGAAGAUCUUCAACGAGGCUGCGAAAGCAGAAGCAGACAUGGCGCCCAUCGGUAAAAGGAAGCCUGAUAAGCUGAAUCUGCUAUGCUACUCCUCGGCAAUGGCGUUCUUGUUCACAUGCCCAAUCUGGCUCUGGUCGGAGGGAUUUGCGCUAGCAGCAGACUUUCUCCAGGACGCCUCGAUCGACCUGCGCGAAAGACCGGGCUCAUUGGAUCAUGGAGCGUUGGCUGCAGAGUUCAUCUUCAACGGCACCUUCCACUUUUUGCAGAGUUUGGUCGCCUUUGUCUUGCUCGGCAUGACCUCCCCUGUUACGUACUCGGUGGCAAGUUUGAUGAAGCGAGUGGUGGUCAUCAUGUUUGCUAUCGUGUGGUUCGGCAAUCCGAUGACGAGCGUUCAAGGCUUUGGGUUUGCCCUGACUUUUGUGGGACUGUACCUGUAUGAUAGGACUUCAGACGCCGAGAAGGCAGACAAGCGAGCUCGAGAGCAAGGUGAAAGCAAGGAGCCACUGCUGCCGCUGAAUGUUGCGGAUGCGAAGAAGAGCGAUGGUCCUACCUUCACGCAGUCGCCCAUGAGCGCCGACAUCGGGCAGUCGUUCGCAGGGAGAAGUGGCUACAUGAACGGCGAUCCGAACGGAAGUGGUCCAGGCAGACCAUAUGCCAACGGGUCACCGAGCGCUAAUGGCGUGCCCAUAUCGAUGCCACCUGGUACCAAGGCCGAAGAGACCUGGAACAAGGGCGAUGUAGCAAGGCAGCACAGCGGCCCUAGGUAG